GCUGGAACAGGACCGUGAUUGUUGCGCUCUGCGGCCAUGAGCAAAAUUCGUUUCCAGGUGGUCUAUGCCUCGGGGCAGGACCCUGAACAUCCGGCGGAAGAGUUGAACGUCCACAGCCCCGCCACGGAAGGGUGGCAAUCUCCGCGCUUCUGUGACUAUCCUCAAGAGCUUGGCCUCUUCCUGCUUGACACACCCUGUCACUUGUCACGUGUCCAAAUCCUGUCGCAUCAGUCCAAAAUCGCCACCAAAGUAGAGCUCUUCGUCGGGGACGGUGGGAACUACGCGGAGGCGGCCUUCGCACGCCUGGGAUACCUGUCCCUAAACAGCAACCAACGGUCCAACUUUCGAGCGCGCGAACUCAAGAGCGUGUUCGUGUCCUGCUCGGGCAGGUUUUUGAAGCUGGUCAUCCACCGAUGCCACGUCAACAAAUUCAACCUCUUCAAUCAGGUGGGCUUCGUCGCCAUCAACCUCCUCGGGGAAGGGGGGCCAGACCCCAGCCCGGAGCCUUUCCUCCCGCCUCACCACGCGGGGGGAGCGGACGAGGAAGGGGUGCACGACUUGGCGUACGAGCUCUCCCCCUUCGACCCGGACACGACGCGGCGACUCCGUGCCUUGCUAGCGGCCAAGGAGGGGGCGGUGCGGGCGGAAAACUACGACGAAGCCAAGCGACUCAAGGCGGCCGAGGCGGCCUUGCGUGAAGGAGGGCAACGCAUCAGUGCCCUGGAGGAAGAGAAGCGGCAGGCGGUGCGGGAGGAGGAGUACGACCGCGCCAAGGCCUUGAAGGAGGAGAUCGAGGGGGUCCGCGCCGAGGUCGAAGGCCGGAUCGGCCCCCUCCCCAGCAUGUCCAUCACCCGCCUUUAG